AUGAACAAAUUAUCUGCGAGGAGGCCGCGAAAGAGCGCACCCAAGACUCGAUCAGGAUGCUUCACAUGCAAAGCCCGCCAUAUCAGAUGCGAUCAGAAAAGGCCGGAAUGUGAGAAUUGCACCUCGUCAAGCAGGAGAUGCGAGGGUUAUCCAACGCUUCCCGCCGACACUGCUUCAGGCGCACAGAACUCACCACAGAAUCUGAGCUCCAUUUCGUCGUACAGCAUCCCUUUUAAAGUCCCUGGAAGUCAAGCCGAUCGGCAGCUCUUGCACUAUUAUUGCUGUCAGGCAGCAUGGAACCUCUCCAGCUACGCCGACCCAACCUUGUGGACCGAACUCAUCCUCCAGCGAAGUCAAGACCAGCCCGUCAUUCGCAGUGGCCUUGUCGCUCUAAGCUCAUUGCACAAAGACUUCGUUUCUGGAUCGUUUUCUGUUAACGGCAAGGACAAGUUGAGUACGAGCGUCGAGGCGAUGACUUUAGUCAGCAAAUGUUACGGGCAAUUAAACAACUACCUCGCACGGUCCGAUGCCUCGCCAGACGUAGCGUUGAUCUGCAGCGUCAUAUUCUACUCCUUGGAGUCCCUCCUCGGCGAUACUAGACAGGCGAUAUCACACCUCGACAGCGGGUUGAGGCUGCUGAGGCGAACUCUAUCCGAGGCAAAACGGCCUACGGAUCAGUUGCUCGUGCAUCUCACAUCUCUGUUCGAACGUCUCGACAUUCAAGCCAGUUCGUAUGAUGAUUUGCGUCUUCCGGUGCUGGAACUCGUUUCUCCUCAAGAGACUCGAGGAGAGUUGUCGGUUGUGCCUGAUUCAUUCCGAAAUCUUGACCACGCUGAACGUAUUCUGGCCAAACUCCAGAAUUGGACCCUUCGUCAGCUAAUCCUAUAUGUCGAACACAAAGGUAAAUCGCCAGGAGAGUUUCCUGAAGGUUUAUGGCAUGAAAGGGUGGUGCUGCGCCAACAAUACGAGAAGUACCGCCAGACACUGAACAGACUUGAUAGCACCCCGGCGAAUUCGCCCUUGGAUGUCCCAGAGAUCAGCACCCAAGAAGAGAGGAGGCAGCUUCAGCGACAACAAUUCCUGCUGUUGCAAAUAAGCUUCCACACCUUCUACAGUCUUGUCGAGGAGAAUGUUCCCAUUUCUGCCGAUGCUGCAGGAUACACCGUCAAUGACGAAGACACCCUCAGCACAGCCCUUUCCAAGGUAAUAACCCUCCUCUCGCUAGCAAGCAACUCAGCAUCGCACUUCGCAAGCGCUUCCUUCCCACUGGCCUCCCCGUCGCAACGAACCUACACAUUGUCCACAUUCCUCGUGGGGACAUUAUACUUCCUGUGCCUGAAAACGACCAACCCGGAGAAUUUGACCACGGCUUGCCGGCUAUUCUCCCAUCCUGUUGUCAAGAACUCGCGCGAUGGUCUCUGGGAUUCCCGGCUCGCGGAGUUGGUGAUUAAGAAUGUGAUGGAGAUCCGCGAUCGGAGCAUAGUUGUGGCUGCUGUGCCUGAUAUUGGCGAAGGAGAGAUGUCAUCACAGGGAGCAGUUCUGUUGCCUUUCGACGUUGAACAUAUCAGCUUGGGCAAUGAAAGGACUGACUAUUUCAGCAUGGACUUCUCGCUGAUUUCCGAUGAAUCCGAUUUGAUUGUUGAUGCACCUGACUCAUUCCUCGCUGCCGCCGAUUCUUUCCUACUCCCAGUUGAUAUGAUAGCGCAGGGCAUGUCUAUGUCUAUGUCGGCUUCGGGCACGAAUUCGCCGUAUCCAUCAGAAGGCUCGUCGACAAAUGCCAGCGAAACAAGUCUACCGUACGCGCACCACCGUCAGCGAAUCGAGCAUUUUGUCCAACAUCCGGGACCGCACGAUCGUUCGCGCGCUGGCUAUGUUGGCCAAAACCAUUCGAGACUUGAACAAGACCAAACACAAUCCGCCGCAGGCAAGACCACGACUUCAAGUUCCGGCCAGUAUAUGCAGAUUCGACCGAAAACUCAACCCGGUUCACAUGUCCAGCGUAACAAUAUCCCACAACAAUCUACGGUGCUGACCGAGAGGUCGCAUCGGAGUGGCAGGUUAGAAGACUUCGCGCUGGGCAUUGUGGAUGUGGAUGGCGGAGUGGAAGAAGCCGCCAAGAGAGUGUCAGUGAUGUCUAUCUAA